CUCCGUCUCAAUCCCAUCAUCCCCGCUACUUCAAUUGACCUUUUCCUCGAUCCACUAUUUCCUCUACACCAGUCGCUUCCGCGCGCCUUUCUUCUUCUUUGUGCAUGAUACCCCAAUAGAACCCGUUCUCGAAUCCCACCCGCCACCAUGCGAUUGACCGUCGAACUGAUCCAGAAUUCCCUGUCGUACAUCAACCCGCUCAAAGACCGCGAGCUAGAUCUUCGAGGGCACAAGAUACCCGCUAUUGAGAACUUGGGUAUUGCCAAGGACCAAGAUGCGAUCGACCUAACAGACAACGAUAUCACCUCCCUCGGAAACUUCCCCUUCUUCCCUCGUCUCCGCACCCUCCUCCUCGCGCGUAACCGAGUCAAGCAGAUCCAGCCGACGAUAUCAUCCUCGGUGCCGAAUCUGAGCGCGCUCGUUUUGACGGCGAAUAACAUGAACGAGUUGGCGGAUUUGGAUCCGCUUAGGAAUUUGGUUCAGUUGACGCAUUUGGUGUUGUUGGAGAAUCCUGUUACUAGGAAGGAGCACUACCGCUACUACGUCAUCUGGCGCAUCCCCAGCGUCCGCUUCCUCGACUACCAGAAAGUGAAAGACGCAGAGCGCGAAAAAGCCACCGAGUUGUUCGGCACAGCUGAGGAGCCGUCCGCGCUGGCGUCCAAGAUCAUGGGAAUCAAGUCUCGCACGUUCGAUGUGCCUUCGGGUGCUGGCGGCGCGGAUCGUGGAGCGCCCGCGGAUAAGGCGGUGCGGGUUAAGUUGACGGAGAAGGAGAGGAAGAGGGUGGAGAAGAUGAUUCGCGAGGCGAAGAGUUUGCAGGAGAUUUCGCGGUUGGAGAAGGAGUUGAAUGAGGGGAGGAUACCUGGGGGUGCGUUGGAUUAUGCUGAUAGUGAUGAGGAGAUGCAGACAUAGAUGCUGAGCAUGGGUGCUUUGUUUCUGCCGGGAUUGUUUGUGUAUUAUUGUGGUAUAUUUAUCUGGUUUUAGUGCUGAAUGGAGGCACGGUGUUUG